UAACUCCCAUUUAUAUCUCUACCUCAUCUCUCAUUUCUUUCUAAGCAUUACUCUUCUCCUGUCUUCUUCUUUUUAUCAACUAUGAAGCUUUUAGGUUGGAUGCACAGGAAACUCUGGCAGACUGGUGGCCAUAACUUUGCAAAUGCUCCGGUGUGCAAAUGUAUCUCCGGUGGAACAUCACCGGAGAACUUCAACGUGUUUGCAUCCUAUGCUUCGGUGAAGGAAGACGGUGGCGAUCACCAAGACGAUGUCUUUGAUCCGGCCGAUGAUGUUCUCUUCGAUGGUUUCCUCUCCAUCGGAACUCUUGGGUCUGUUCCGGUUCUUGAAAAUUACACAAAGUUCGACAAAGAAUAUGAUAAUGAUGAUGAUGAUAAUGAUAUAUUGAACGGUGCUGUGACACCAACAUUUGGUGUGCCGGUGGAGAUUAUUAACACUAGGAUGAUUAAGGUUGAGCUUGAGAAAGUCAUUGCCAAUGAGAACAAGAAGGCCACCAGAGCAGAAGAGAGCUUCCCUGUGAGGAGAGCUUCUCUUGGAGAACUAUUCAUGAAGAGCAAGUUGGAAGAAUCUAUAGAAUCUCCGGUCACCGAGAAGAAUAUUCCGGCCAAACCAUCAACGGCCAAAAAGAGAUCAUUCCGCAAGUUUAUGCAAGUUUUCCACAGAAAAGUUCAUCCAGAAAACAUGUCAGGCAUGAUGGAAAACAAAGUUACAAAGGAAGUUAAACAAGAGAUUAAAGGCAAACCACCUAUAGGCAAGAAUUUUUUCAAAUCAGAAAUUUAUCGAAAAAUCGGCUUUUCUUGCUUCAAAUGUGGAUCAAGCACUUCACCUCCAAUGCUCGAAGAAAGCGAUUCAUGUCCGAGGAUCAGUCGGGAACAUUGGAUCAAAACUGAUGCAGAAUACCUAGUGUUGGAGCUGUAGAAAGGAGAAGAUCCAAAGGUGAUGUCUAUAUGUGUGUGAGUGGAAUGAAGAUCAAAACAAAUGAUGAAUUAAGGUGUGUCUAAUCCAUAGUGAUCAAGUGAUGUAUAUCGAUCAAUUUGUGUGUAUUUAACUAGUGUGCUUUCUUUGCUUGAUGUGACUGCAAUAAAACUUAAACCAAUGUAAUUUUGUUGAUUUAUGAUGUUACUGCUAUUAAGUUUGAUGAAUACGACACGGAGUUAAAUGUGUUUUGUGAUGUAGUUUUGUCUGAGCUAUUUAUGACAUUAUAAUUAAUAAU